GGGGGCGAGGGGGGGGGGAGAGAGGGAGGGGGCGGCACUGAUGCGGCGAUUUGGUUGCCCCGGUCGAAAGGUCACAUCACGGCUUCCACGCGGCGCGUCGCGCUUUUGGCCUUCAUAGCAAUGGAACAUGGGCAGGAGGAAGGGAUCCCCGAUACCCGGCUUGGGCUUUUUUCGUCCCUGUUACCUUUAUUUACCACCUAAAUUCCCGGCCGAGCAGCUCACUGAACGGGGGCGAGGGGGCCGUGGCCUUGGCCCGAGCGACCGACUCCGCGCUAGAGCCCACCCCUCUGGCACAUGGACAGGCAAGACUGCUGGCAGCCAGUGGCCGGCCGGCCGGCCGGCCUGGAUGGUCGACCGGAGGCCUAGCCAAGGAUAAGCUAUCCGCAUGUCCACGUUUGUCCAUGAUAAUCGAUGAGUGGAUAUCCCGUCUUCUGGAAGCGCGUGCCCCCACGCUGGUCAGGGGAGUGGAUGUGCUCACGGUUCGACUGUUAUAGGGCUCCGACCUGCCGGAGCCUGCUUGAUUUUCUGGGCACCCUCUUUACAUACCGGCCCCCUAAACCAGGUGGGAGCUUGCUCUGGCGCGCGCGGGGAUCGGGGCCGAUGUUCGCACUGUGGUCACCAGGGCAAACCGCCGGUGGGAAGACGUCCCUCGGGAAAGGGGGGCCCAGCUAUGCUGGGGAGGGGGAGGUCGAGCUUGUAGCUUUCCCGGACACCAUCGCACUGCGCGGCAGGGGCCGCCGCCCGUGUGGCGGCAUGUGUGACAAUGUAUGCGCGCCUGUGUGUGAUUAGCACCCUCGUGGAUGCAGCUUCAUUGGCUUACAUACCAGCCGCAAGUAUAUAUUGUGGAGACAUGGAUAUGGCGGCUGGGCGGGCAAGCGAGCGGCAUUCCAGCCCCGGGAGAAGCCCCGAUUAGGCACGUUCACGCCCAGGGGGUACUCUCGAGUCGGGGCGGCCGGCGGGCCUAGGUCUCUGGCGGGGGCUCGAGACGCGUUGCCCUCUGUCCGAGGCAGGGGGGGGGGAGGCGGGGCCAUUGGUGGUGUUCGCUCAGUGUGAACAGACAUCGGCCGAGGGGGUUCACCGGAUACGGGUAGGCCUGCUUCGGGUGGGAGUCCCCGGUUGACCGUCAAGCCGGUCGGGGCCGAUGGGCAACAGCACGAGGACUGCGCGGGCCGUGAAGCAUCCCCAGCAUCGAUGGUCCAGAAGCCCGGGCAGGGGGCAGUCUGUGCGGAACCAUUGGCGGCAGAGCCGAGCGGGGAUUUAGGAAAGAGAAGGCAGGACUGUGUGGCGAUCCACCAGGGGUUGGUGGGG